AUGUCCUCCCCCCAUCCUCUGCCCCGGGAAGACCCUCCAAACCGGCCCCGGUUGUCCCCAGUAGGGAGCCGCAGGCACGCCGGCGAGGCGGCCGCCCGGCUCCUACGCACCCUCGGGGGCGCCCCCCGACUCCCCGGCCUAGCCCGAUUCCCCCGGACGUCAAGAGUACGGCUGCCCGCGUCCGAGUCCCGCCGCCUCCAGCCACUUUGGACCGGUGACCUUGAGCCCGCUGGGCGCUGCGUUUCCUCGCGGACAAUGCGGCUCGCAGCUUCCCCACGAGACGGCGGGCGAGAGGGGGGGCCGCGGAGUGCCCCCAAAGUCCGGGCUCGGGCGGGCUUGGCCGCCCUCUUCUUACCUGGGCACCCCGAGACAGGCGAGGCGGACCCGGCGCCCAACACCAUGCCCCAGCCGGCCGGCGGCAGCGAGACGCGGCCCCUCACAACCAGCACCGGCUCCGGGCGGCGAGACCGGAAGUGGCAAGGCGGGGACUCGGCCGCUCUCGCCUGA